AUGUACUACAAGGAUGCAUCUCAGAUAUCUACUUACUAUGGCACCUCAAGCUACACCGUUUCAAACACAGGACUCAGUGACAACGGCUCCUUUUAUCGUAAGAGGGGCCAGGCAAUUGAAGGGAAGACACUCAUCCUUGUCUGCUCCAUGGCUGAAGGUAGAGAGAAUGUCACACUCUCCUGGCACAGAGAAGACACAAGGGAGAGUCUAGGGAGGAAAAGUCAGUGUCCCCAGAAAGCAGAGCAGGAGAUAGCUGUUAUCAGAGAGAACCAUGCCAGGGGAUACUACCAUAUAGAAGACAAUGGCUAUGGCCUCACACAGAGUGAGGCAGUGAACAUCACUAUCUCAGCUCCAGUGUCAUGUCCUCUCCUCAUUUUUAGUGUUCCUGGGGCCCAGGUCUUCUUUGGGGACACGACGGAGCUUCACUGGGAAGACACGAGAGCAUCUCCCUCCUUUCUAUACUGGUUUUACCAUGAAAAUGUCACUCUAGGGAACCCCUCAGUGUCUUUUGGAGGAAAAGCAUCCUUCAACCUCUCUCUGACAGCAGAGCAUUCUGGGAACUACACUUGUGAGACUGACAAUGGCCGGGGGGCCAAGUGA